GCGUCACCUCGCCAAGACACUAUGACACUCGACCAAGGUUCGCAAAGAGCCCAAAAAUUACUCAUACAAAUGUCUGGUGCGCCCGGCUCUGGCAAAAGCACGAUAGCGAGACUACUGCGGCAGUCAAUCGGCGGGGUUGUCAUUGACCACGAUGUCUUGAGAUCCUCGCUCCUUGGAGACAGCGACGUUCCAUUCGACCAAGUAGCAAAACGCGCCUAUAAUCUUCAAUGGAGACUCGCGGAGGAUUUCAUGAAGCAGGGACUCAGCGUCAUCGUGGACAGUACCUGCAACUUCCAAGAGGUUCUCGAUCGGGGUUCAGCCCUCGCCGAGCAGCAGGGCUUUACUUAUUGGUACGUGGAGUGUAAAGUCGAGGACAUCGACUUGCUGGACGAAAGAUUGCGCACGCGGGACCCUAUGAAGAGUCAGCGAACCGCCGUCGAUUGUCCCCCGGUCGCCGCGAGCAGCGCUCGUGUAGGCGAGGAUUCUCGGGCGGUCUUCAAGAAAUGGAUUGAGAGCCCGUGUCGCCCUGAAAGCAACUCCAUCGUGUUGGAUUCGACGGGCAGUCCAGAGGCGAAUCGAGACCUUGUCUUGAAGCAGAUUGCCGGUUGA